CUUCGCUCCAACUGCCUCACCUCGAGAGAUUUUCAAGAUGCAACACCAAAUUAUAGAUCAUGAAGGUAACAUCUAUAUCCUGACUGAAGAAGAAUAUCUUCGUGCUUCAAAAGAUUUAGUAUAUUGUACCCAAUUAUUAGAAAACGCAAAAGAGAAAGAAAAUAAUGAAAAUAUUGUGCAGCAAGAAAUACAGUCUGAUAAUGAAGUUUAUGAUGGCUUUAGAUGGGCGGAUGAACCUACAAGAUUACUUUUAGCAACAUAUAAACGGCAUGAAAAUUUAUUACAUACAGGAAAAUUAUCUGUAAAGAAAUUUUGGGAAAUGAUAUCCAACAAGUUAAAAGAAAGGGCAUACGACGUUACAGGACAACAAUGUAAAAGUAAAAUUAACAGAUUAAAGAAAACAUAUAAAAAUGUUAAGGAUUAUAAUAACAAAAGCGGUAACAAUAAGCGGACUUGGCUUUAUUUUGAGGUAUAUAAUUUUGUGUAUAUUA